AUGAAGCUGUCGACCAUUCUUCCCGUUUCUGGUCUCCUAGUGUCCUUUUGCCAGGCUCAGGCUGACCCCAAUACCCUGGCAAGGUACAAUCCAGCCAAUAGGACAAUGUCAGCCAAUACCACAUACUGCCUUGUCCCUAUCAGCAAAUCUCUCGUCAAGACCAUAACUGGAUAUGAUCCUUUAAGCAUCGACACUAGCAUCUUGCCGUCUUUCCCAGCUGGAAAACACCCGCUCAUUGUACAAGCUGGCUAUGACAAGGAUAUUCGCAUGACGGCACUGAACAUUGUCCCACUACAGAUAGACGCGCUCAUGCAGGCUUCUCUUAUAGUGCCCUUUGUUGAUGUCACAAAGGACGGACAAACACCUAUCGGCGUCCCGGUCAACUACUACAUAGGCGGGACUAACGGACAACCGCUCCAGGCAAUUGUGCCCAGUGUCGCCUCAGGCGUUUCGCCCUUUGAGGGAACCACUAUCUUCCCGGCGACAUUUUCUCCUGAUACGUCAGCUGCGAGGGUUCUCCCCAAUGGCUUCAAUAGUAUCCAGGUGAAACCCUUUCUUCUACCAAACACUAUCUCUGGCCCAGGAAUCUACGCUGAAGCAUUCGACAUUUCGUUCAAAAUAACAGACAGCUCCCCUUAUACAGCUCACACUUUCCACUCGCUCUUGAACAUUCCCCAACUUCUCAAUACAAACAAGUGUCAGCGCAAUACUGUCUAUUUCAACGAGUCGUCUUCUGAGCCGCUGAUGGCCAUUGGGGAGGUGACACUCUACCAUCAGAUUCUAGCUACACCUCCACAGGGACUAGAAGGAGUUUAUCAGGAUGUGUAUUGCUAUUCAGCUAAUGGCCAAGUUGUCUCGAGUGUUGGCGAACCUUGCAAAGUUGCGGCUGCCAAUAUGGACCCUGAAGCUAGGGUGUAG